CCUAUCUUCUCCUUAGUCACCAAAGUGACAUCUUCCUUCCGCUCAUAAAAAUGUCUCCAUCCAACGUCCUACCCACUGUUACUAAGGCUUCCACUGAUGCCCUCGCCGAGGCUGCCAAGUCAACCAACUCGACCUUUCAGCUUCUGUACUUUCCCCUUCAUGGCCGCGGCGAACUGAUCCGUGACAUCCUUGCCUACAGCGGCGCUAAGUGGGAGGAGCUCCCUGUUGAUUGGCCAGUGCAGAAGCCCCAGACGCCUUUCCGCGUGGUCCCUAUAGUGUACGAGCACACAUCUUCCGGAACCAUCCUCGAGUUGGCCGAGUCCAAUGCGAUCGAGCGCUAUUUGGCCCUAAAGUUCAACUUGCUGGGAUCCAACAUCUGGGAGGAACAUCUUGUCAAUCGAUACUAUUACAGCACCGAUGUCCUCUACCAGGGAUUCGUCCCUAGAGUCGCAGCAGCCAAACCUGAGGUGCGAGCAGAGGAAGCAAAAAAGUUCUAUGAGGAGGUCCUCUCGAAGUGGAUCACUAUCCAUGAGGAGCAUUUGAGACAGAAUGGCGACAAUGGCCACUAUGUUGGGCAUCGCGUUACGCUGGCGGACCUCAAGACUGUCUCGGUGAUCAACAGGAUCCUGUUGCUGGUGCCCAAGGGCGUUGAGGCACCGCUCUCUGCAGAACUCACGCCUAGCCUCUGGAAGGUCAAGCAAAAUGCCGAAAGCCAUCCCUCCUUGGCAGCAUGGAAGCAGAGCCAGCGUAGCCAGGAGCUGGAUUCCAACACAAAGGCGCGUUUCGGAUUUUAGUUUUGAACGCCUUUAGAAACGCGUUGUUUAGGGCAGGUGACAAAAUAAAAUAAAAAAGCCUUGCCGCUCUCCUCU